AUGUCUUCUUUCCCAUCCCACCCCAUCUCUCCAUCACCCGUAGACGAUGAAGAUUUUCUCCCCAUACUCUUCGACCUCGAGGACGACAGCUUCUUCACCUUUGCCACCUCGACUUCUAGCAGCAGCAGCAGCAGCGGUGCGUCGACGCCGCAAAGGGACGCCAUGAAGGGCUUGCAGAUUCCCCGGCACCCCAUCCGGUCGAUGCAAGCAGCCUUUUCCGAGUCCAUGAUCGAGUCGGCGGAGGCCUCCGCCCCGCCCUCACCCAAGCAUCGAAUGGGAGAUGCAGCCGCCAGACGGAAGUUGCUGAUCGAUCAGGAGGCCAACGAGGAGACGCACGCGGCCGCCCGGUGGAAGCUGAAGCCGGGCCAGAAGUACCACGAGCUGUGGAAGUUGAUAGCCCAGAUCUCCUUCGGUGUCUACCUGCUGAUGAACGGUAUCGCCAAGGACGAUGGGCAGGUCAUGAAUAUCCUGCAGGGCCAUGUUGACGAGGUGGACGAGUUCUUGGAGACCACCCUGGAGGACUUUGACCUGGCACACGAGGAUAUCGAGGAGCGCUUGAAGUUUCUGAAGCUGCCGCUGGAGAACAUUGCCAUCUUCGAUGCCAUGCUCGAGGACCGGAAUUUCAGACUGCAGAUUGUCAAUGGCAACGAACGCAUCGAACACGUCAUUACGAGGACGGGCCGGGCCAUGAACGAUGCCUUGAAGGAUGUGCAGCAAGGCCUGGAUGCGUGCAGGGAGUUUACGAUCUAUAUGGCUCGGGAGCAGGAGAACGCGGUGUGGUUCAAGAGUAGGCCCGAUAUGCAAAAGGUGUUCACUGCCAUGAAGGGAAACGUGGAAGGCUGGUUCUCAGCCUGUGUGUCCCUUCAGGCCAAGGGAAACCGUCUGGGUGUCACUCUCGUGCAACUUGGUUCCAUCGUGUCCGAGAUGGACCGUAGGGCCGGCGAGGUCAGCCGGAAUAUAAGGUUCAGCACCAGUGCCUCUCCCGAACCGGCGCCCAUGGCCUCCCCACCCGCCUCCCCUGGAUCGAAGUGGAUGAUGCGGCAGCCGGUCCACAAGGACCUUCCCCCCGAUUCAAGUCUCGCUACCCCAGCGAGCCGGGCCACCACGCCCGCACUUCAAACGGUGCAAGACGGCGAGCGAACCCCAGAGCCCGACUCCCGCCGGUCCUCUUCUCAGGGCGAGGAGGAAGAAGAAGAAGAAGAGCCCGAGCAUAUAUUUACACUUCAGCCAACCACAUAUACCCCCUUGACCCUCGACCCCGCGACAUUCACCCCCUACACACUCGAGCCGACGACGUAUACCCUCGUCACUCUGGAGCCAACGAGAUACACCCCCGUCCCCUCACCACAGCCUUCUCCUCGGCCGAAAGCUGCUCCAGAAGCUCCUCCCUCUCCCCCUCCAGAGAUCCUCCCCAGGAACUCGCUACGGCAGCGAUUCUCGUUAACCAAGCGCAAGGAAUCGCCGCCGGAGAUAACCGUGAAACCUCCCCCUCCGCAAUUGGCACCAUUGAAUACACAAUGGGGGCCGCGGCAACGAGUACAAUCCUCCGCUGCUGGGUCUCUCAUGCGGCAAGAUUCCGUCACGAUACCACACGAGGAAAGUUCGAUAAUCGUCCCUCGAGAGAGACUGAGUCCAGCGGCCAUCCCCCGGCAGGGUUCCGUCCCUGUCCUCCGGGGGCGACAGCGGGCUGCUGCCGAGCUCCGGGAACGGGACGGGUCAGCGCCCGCGCUCGGCCCGAGACAUGAUUCUCCUGUCAACUCCCAAGCCAAAGAGCAGCAGGAUCCAACCACCGCGCCGCCCUCGUGCGGCCUGGAUUCGGCGUACUUUUCCGACGUGGACAACCAAUUCGCCCUCGCCCCGGCACGCUGCCACCAGUCACCCGGAAGCCCCAGCACCAUCGACACCUCCCCAUCCACCGUCCAGCCGCACUCGGCCACCCUGAUCCCGUCUCCGCGCUCCGACCAGCAAUACUUCCGCGUCCAAGCAUCCCCUCACUCGCCCCUCCAACGACCAUGGACGGCCGGCCCUUCGAACAACCCGCUGCACGUGCCCUCGAGGUCCUCCACCUCGAACCUCUCCUCCUACCGCGAAUACCACGACUCGCAGACGCCCAGCGUGCUCGGGAGCCGGCGAGGCGCCCCGAGUGCGAUGGGCAUGAGCAUCAUGAGCGACACCACGAUGAUGACGGAGGUGGGUGCGGACGGGCAGCGGAAGAAGGUGAAGAAGAAGAGGAGCGCGCUGGGAUGGCUGAAGAAGGCGUUCAGUCUGAGCGAAGAGGAGAAGGCGGCGUUCGAGGAGAAGAGGCUGGGCCUGGAAAGGGAGCGGAUGGAGUAUUACAAGGGGCAGCAGAGGCGGUGGGUGGAUGGGAAGCGAGUGAGGUGA